CCUGUGCUCUUCACUAGCUGACAAUAUUUGUUUGGGGUGUUGUCCUGCCUGCUUGCUUGUGUUUGGCCUGAACAAGCUCUGGUCGCUUAUAAAAGCAGAAUGGCUUUGUUCUGUUCAGUGUCCAUUCUUUGCCAAGGAGAGGAGAGGGGCUCCACUGACAGUCACCCAGGUGUGCUGAAGGGAAGGGUGCUUGCUUAGUUUUGGCAUGACCAAAGCAAGAAAAGUGGGUGUAAAUGAGGAGCACCAACCUCCUCCUGGGAAAACAGAAGACCCAAUUCCUCAUGGUGAGAGGACAAACAACAGCUAUGGUCCGGACCAGGAGCCCUCCAGCAGAAAUUCGGUGGUGAUCUGCCAAGCAGUUGGGAGGAGUAUUUUCACCUCCAGCAUCUCUUCAGCAGCAGAGAGGGUCAGCCUUAUGCUGAAACAGGAGGAGGAGGAGAAUGAAGAAGCAAGCUAUCCAGUGCUAUUUAUACAGCUCUCUGAACUCUUCAGUGCCCCUGAAGGAUUGGAAUGGAGGCAAACUGCCAGGUGGAUAAAGUUUGAAGAGAAAGUCGAAGAUGGAGGAGAACGCUGGAGCAAACCUCAUGUGACCACCCUGUCCCUUCAUAGUCUGUUUGAGCUACGGACAUGUAUAAGGAAAGGGACCAUCAUGCUAGACCUGGAAGCACAUAGUUUUAAGCAAAUAAUUGAGAAGGUGAUUGAGAACCAGCUUGAAAACCACUCUAUCAGGCCAGAGCACUUGAAGGAACUCACCCACGUCUUGCUUCUCAGACCUCAACACCAUACAACCAAAUCUCAGCUGAAGAUGCUAAUGGAGCUGGGCAUGGCCCGCUGCUACUCUGGCAAAGCAAAUAGACACUCAGAUCCAAAGAAUGAGAUUUCGGAUGUUCCUCUAAAGGAGCAGCUCAAAAAUAACUUUAAGAAAAAGAUUCCAGCUGGGACCGAAGUGGCCAACAUUCUUGUAGGAGAAGCCAGCUUCCUGGAGAAGCCCUUCAUUGCCUUUGUGCGCCUGCAGCAGUCGGUGCUUCUUGGGAACUUGACAGAAGUUGCUUUUCCCAGCAGGUUCCUCUUUAUCCUGUUGGGCCCCAGAGCCAAAGUGAAGGCCUACCAUGAAAUUGGCAGAGCUGUGGCUACUCUCCUGACAGAUGAGCUUUUUCAGCGAGUUGCCCGGAAAGCAAGUGGCAGAGGAGAUCUCAUUGCAGGAAUUGAUGAGUUUCUGGAUGAGCUGACUGUCUUACCUCCAGGAAAAUGGGACCCAACCACCCGAAUUGCUCCCCCCAAAUGCUUGCCCUCACCACAGAAGAGGCUUUCCAUGCACCUCCGUGAAUGGAGUCUUCACUCCAAUGGGAACAUAUCUACCAUGGAUGACCGGCAUGGCCAUGGCCAUUCUCAUGGACAUGGGCACCAACAUGUCAGUGAGGAACUGAAGAGGACAGGACGACUAUUUGGAGGAUUAUUAAAGGAUAUCCAGAGGAAAGCCCCUUGGUACUGCAGUGAUUUCUAUGAUGCCCUUAACAUCCAGUGCUUUUCAGCAAUCCUUUAUAUCUACCUGGCAACUGUCACCAAUGCAAUCACCUUUGGAGGAAUGCUGGGCGAUGCUACAGAUAACAUGCAGGGUGUGCUGGAGAGUUUCCUGGGCACUGCUUUUGCUGGAGCAUUUUUCUGCCUGUUUUCUGGCCAGCCUCUCACCAUUCUGAGCAGCACAGGGCCUGUCCUUGUCUUUGAACGACUUCUCUUUUCCUUCAGCAAAGACUAUAACCUGGAUUAUUUAGAAUUCCGCCUCUGGAUUGGCCUUUGGGUGGCCUUCUUUGGCCUCAUACUGGUGGCAACUGAAGCCAGUUAUUUGGUGCAGUAUUUCACACGCUUUACAGAGGAAGGCUUUUGUGCCCUCAUCAGCUUCAUUUUCAUCUAUGACGCCAUUAAGAAGAUGCUGUCUCUGGUGGAACACUACCCGGUGAAUUGGGAUUACAAGAUCAAUGAUGUCACCUUGUACAGCUGCGCUUGCAGUAUGCCAGAGGGAGGCAACUUUUCUCUUUUGAACAAGACACUGUUCCCAGCCCUUAGCAGUUUUGGAGAGCAGUCAGAUUUGGAGCCUGGGAACUGGUCCCUGCUAACCAAGGGACAGUGUGUGCAACUCGGAGGCCGCCUGGUGGGCAAUAGCUGCAGUUACGUGCCUGAUGUCACCUUCAUGUCCUUCAUCCUGUUUCUGGGGACAUUUCUUUGCUCCUUGGUCCUGAAGAAUUGUAAAUCAAGCCGUUAUUUCCCCACAGCUUUGAGAAGGCUAGUGGGUGAUUUCUCCAUUAUCCUGGCUAUUCUUAUCUUCUGUGGAAUCGAUGCUGCCUUUGGAUUGGAAACUCCCAAGCUCAUUGUGCCCGGUAAAUUCAAGCCCACAAAUCCUGCGCGAGCUGGUUUGUGUUUCCAUUUGGAGCAAAUCCUUGGUGGAUAUACUUGGCUUCAUCAGUGCCUGCCAUUUGGUCAUCAUCCUCAUCUUCAUGGAUCAGCAAAUAACAGCUGUGAUUCUCAACGCAAAGGAUAUAAGCUUCAGAAGGGGGCAGGAUUUCACCUGGAUUUCUUCUGUGUUUCCCUUCUGAUGAUCCUUACUUCUGUCAUGGGCUUGCCCUGGUAUGUGUCGGCCACAGUCAUCUCUCUGGCCCAUAUGGACAGCCUUAAGAAAGAGAGCACCACUUGUGCUCCAGGGGAGCAACCAAAGUUUCUUGGAAUCAGGGAGCAGAGAGUGACAGGACUGAUGGUCUUCAUUCUCACAGGAUUAUCUGUGUUUUUGGCACCAGUACUCAAGUUUAUCCCAAUGCCUGUGCUAUAUGGCAUUUUCCUCUACAUGGGUGUGGCUGCACUCAGCAGUAUUCAGUUCACAGACAGACUCCAGCUCCUGCUGAUGCCUGCUAAACAUCAGCCUGACUUCAUUUACCUCCGCCAUGUUCCACUCCGUCAAGUCCAUCUCUUCACCUUCAUUCAGGCCCUUUGCCUAGCUGUCCUAUGGAUCAUUAAGUCAACUGCAGCUGCCAUUAUUUUUCCAUUAAUGCUGCUGGCUCUGGUGGGUGUUCGGAAAGUGAUGGAAUACAUCUUCCCGCGACAUUACCUGGCAUGGUUGGAUGAUAUUAUGCCAGAGAAGGAGAGAAAAGAGGAAGAGGAAAAGCUGAAAAGGAAACAAGAUCAGGAUGACAGUGACAGCGAGGAUUCUGAACUAAUGUACCAAGAAAAAGGACCAGAAAUCAACAUCUCUGUGAACUAGAGGAAUUGAUAUUCACCAGUGGACCAGGCAAAAAAUAAAUAUGUCUAAUAUUAGAUCGGCUGAGAAGGGACAAGACAGAAUGGCUGUAUAUUGCCUCUCGACUGGUAGUGCUGGGAGCCCUUGCCUGGAAGCACACUCCAGGACCCUACACACCCUCCAGUGGCAACUGCUGUUGCUGUUUCCAGAGUGAGGUGGUAAGACAUGCAGGUUCCAUCUUCGCUCGGUACUGCAGAUACUGUAAAGUAGGGCUAAGGGCAGAAACAGAGGAUAGAGUGCCCUCUCACUGCCAUCCUGCAUUGGAGCUCCUCAUCAAAACUCUGAUUCUGCUGUCACCAUCAUGAAUGGACUGAGCACCAUCCCUUCCUUGCACUAUAGCAGAAGCACAGGAACAGAUGAGACAGAACCAGAAUGGCCCCAUGGGCUGCUUGUCAUUCAUCAUCUCCACCACUUCCGCCCUGAUGCUACUCAAUACUCAUCUUCUGCCAUCGAUGUUUUCUGGUGUUGCAGUAAUUCAGUUUGACUGUAAAGCACUGAUGUACUUCUUAUCUAAUUCUGCUACAGAUUAAUGGGAACUUUCUGGAGUUUGCAGAUAUUUUGUGCAAAGCUGCUUUGCAGUAAUUGAAACUGGAUCGCUAAACAUCCAUCCUCAAGACUAAGCCCCACUUAUCUGAACUGUACUUCUACAUCAGUGUGCACCUUUUGACUCUUGCACUGUUUUGUGUUAAUUUAGAAUUGUUCCUUAUUGAUUCUGUCCCUAUAUUUUGUUAUUGUAAGUCGUCAGGAUCCUGUUAGAAUCCACAGUUCUCAUUAAUGGAUGUCUUUAACUUUACUACCAGCAGAUAUGCAUUAUUUAUAGGAAGUUUCCUCUUUGUUAAAAGCACCUUACCUCUCCUUGCUGCUGUUCACCUCCUUCCUCUCACUUACAAACACAAUGAGCAGGAAGUCAAACAUUUUAUUAAAUAUUAUCUAGUCUAUUUCUGUACACAUCCAUUUUACCUGCUUUUAUUCAACACAGUCCUAUGAUCCCUGGAUUGGUAUUCUUGAGGCUUUCAGAUAUAUUGGGUUUCCCCUGCUGGGGGCUGAGAGAGAGAGAUCCACCCUCGGAAGAGCUGACCUCAGAUCCUUUCACCUAGUUCCUGCAGGAACAUCAGUAGCCCUUAUCAGUCCAACAUCAAAUAGGAGGGAAAGGGAGGACAUUGUGAACAAAUGGGGGUGCUGUCUGGGAGAGGGUUAGGAUGCAAAGACCCUAUAAACAUGCCGUUAUACUGGCUGGGAACCCAUGUCAGCCCUGAAGCUAUUGUAAGAAAUGUGUAAAAAGGGAAUAAAUACAUCUGUGGAAGGUGAAAGAAGAAAAAUGCCACUCUUCCUUCAGUUCUGUCCUGCCAGCAUGAACCUAGCAGAGACCUUCAGGGCUCUCCAGGAUAAGAGUGAGGUCUGCUCUGCCCACAUUGAAUUGCAAACAUCUCUGUACAACUCAGAUGUAUUUUGAUUUCAUAAAAAAUAUUUUGAUUCAUCCUCACAAUUUGCAAAAUAUGUUAAAAGCCCCAAAAGUGUGUCCUUUGUUUAGAAUUUGGAUAUGAGAGGAGGUGCAGCAUAUGAAUUGUCAUCACUGUGUAUGAGACAAGGAUUAGUAAGUGUGCUUUUCUAAUUUGCAGACAGAAUUCCAAGCUGUUUCGUGUGAGUUGUUUCACAGGAAGGAGGCAGAUUGUUCUGUGGAAUAUGACCGACGCAUGAUAGGUCCAGCGUAAAGAUGGAAAUCUAACUAAAAUGUUCCACAAAAUUUUACAUAGGCCCUCCUCUAAAGCAUAGGCAGUCUCUCUCUUUCUCUACCUUCUGCUCUAUAUACUUUCCUAACAUUACUAUGCAACCAUGGAAAGUCACAAGGUGCAAAUUACUGCAGAAUUUCUUUACGGAAUAAAAAGGCAUAAACUCAAAUUCAGAAAAAAAAUAAUGAAUAAUCAAACACAUAUAUUCAGAUUACAGGAUGCAAAACAUAAACAUAAUCAAUAAAGGUAAGUUUAACAAUAUCUGGAUCCUGUAUUUAACAUAAUAUGUAAUACAAACGGUUCAGACAGAGUCCAGUUUUCAAAAAGAACAUCCAAUUUAUCAAACUAAAAGCCCAGUUUUCCAGGAUUUUUACAAUUCUGGAAUAUGUUGUUGCUUCUGUAUUUCUUCAGAAGGCAAGGCGGAGAUGGGCUUGAAUAAACCACAACCAAAUUUGAUUCUUCCACAUAAACAAAAUUCAUAUUCAAAAUUAAAAGAAAAUAGUUGAAAACAGGCUGCUCUUUUCAGGCAGUAAUAUUCCCAUUCUCACCAAAAAAAAUGCUGUUAUAACCUAUUUUUUUGGACCAAAUGAGGCAACUUCAAAGAAAAUGAGUGAGCAGAUCACUAUAUAUACAUUAAGUACCCAAUAGAGGUCAAGCAAGAAAUGCUGAAGAAAGACAAUGCGUAGAGUGUGUAGGAAUCAAAGUAAGCAGCAAAUGCUCAUAGUUUAGACACAAAAUUUAACACAGCAACAACAAAAAAGCAAUUUAAAAGAGAAAUAAGACUAGUGCAUUCUUUUUUCUACAAUUAAAGAAACAAGAUACUUUUUACGUAUGUCAAUGUGGUCAUUUAAUGAGAAAGAACUAGAAUUUGUAUCUAUUUAUUUGAUAUGAUUCUGGAAAACCAAAAGGGACACACUCUGAUAUCAAGGCACAAAAAUACUCAAAAACUUAUAGAAAGGCAACCCCAGUUUGUCAUUUAAGUCCAAAGGGGACAUAAAUUUUAGUUUAUGUAUCCGAAAUGCUUUUCUCCUAAUCAAGGUAUCACUUAUUUAGCAAACUGUUGACAUUCCUCUAUUUCCUGUGCUAAAUAAAAUAUUCCAAAAUGA